CCCCUGCCGCCCGCGCCGCCGCCCCGCGCCCCGCCACGCUCCCCUCCGCACACGCACAAGUCCGUCACAUUCUGCACACACUGUGACUACGACAAACAUACAGACACAGAUAUAGACGCUAGAUACUACUCCGACCCCGGCCGAAGCGACAAACCCAAGAAGAAGAAACCCAAAGUCGAACCCAACAAACAAGGCUACUACUCGGAACCAGACGCUAAGUACUUCGAAAUCGAUUACGAGUUUCUGAAAGAGUUGAGGAAGAUUGCGAAGAAGAACUGCCCGAAGUGUAAGAGGAAGAGGGUUAGGAAGGAAUCCGACAGGGCUAAGUAUAGGGAGAAGGGGAAAGCGAAGAAGCAUGUGAGGGUUAAGGAUAGCUAUGUGUAUUGUAACGGCAGGUAUCAUAGUGACCGCGAGCACUGCCAGUUGUGCUGCAAGGUCUGCAACCGAUCCACCGACACGCUCGACUCGAUGGAAGACGAGUAUUCGCUCGCGUCACGAAGCUACAGCUUGCCGAGCUCAAAAGUAGUUACUAAAAAACGGAAGAACUCGGUCCAGUCGAUUAAAUCGGUCUCGUUCCUAGAAUCGAGCAACGAUGAAUCGAGACAAGAGCCGAACUAUACGGCUAAAAGUUUCACCAACGAUUUGAAGCAGUUUUUAUUGAAACCGGCCCCUCCACGGCAGAGUCUGAGGGAUAAGUUUAUAAGUAGCCUCAAGCAAGAGUUUGAGGCUACGAAAAAGUCGCCCAAGCUUAAAGCUAUAAAAGGCCUAUGGAAAUCUUAUUGAGUUUGAAAUGAAUUUUAUUUAUUGUUUAAUAUGUAGGUGCUGGCGAAACGACGGGUUUUCCUGUUGAGAUUUUAAGCGAAACGUAAGUGUUCAUGAAUUGUUCUAAACGAAAUGAAGUCAAGGUUUUGGUGCUAUGAACCUUUUACAACGUAAGCCAAGCGCUGCGCUGUGCCGAGUGUCAGCCAAUAGGUGACAGGUAUCCAGGUAGAAAUUUAAUUUAGAAUCAGCCCCAUUUAAUUGACCAAACAGUUAUCUUAAACAUGCCAUAUUUGUGCACUAACUUUACAUACAUAAUAGAAAGACUAUAAGGUUAUUCAAUUAGAAUGAAAGUGGUUCUCACUUGCACUUGUAUAUUCGUACUAGUGUCAAGUAAAAUGUCGAAAAAGAAAGCGUGAUAAGUUGUGUCAUUAAUUUUUGAAUCACCUUAUAAUUUACUCAUCUCCAAAUACAUAAAGCAUGUUUCUACAUACAGUCGUUAUUUAUAAAUGAAUAACGACAUGACAAACUUGUAAGUUAUUGUUUGUAGACGUUUAUAAUAUUAAAAUAAAUCAAAUAUACCUAUAGUUGUUCUACCGAUACCGUUAGGUGUUAAUUGCAUGGAUAGAAAAUUUAAUUCAUUUCUAUAAAAUAAAUUGAAUGAGUAAGAUCGGUCGGACCUACAUAACCCACCAAUAUUCUAAAAAUACAUUAAAUGGACUACUAUAAUAGGUCAACUAAACUUUUAUAUAGAAAUUUUACAUUUUAAUAGAAACUUAAUGUUUUAGAAAAAUAUUUAAUAUGUAUUUACCUACUUCCGAAAAGGCAGUGCCAAACCUGUGUAACCCAAUUAAAUGGCGAUAAACAUAAUCAUGAUUAACAUUAUAAGAUUCCAUGUCCAUUAAUUAAAUAAUAUAAUCAAAACACUUAUCAUAGCACAUUAAUAACAGUUAUUUUAAUAGCACCGUUUAGCAAAAUAGCAGUUUUAAAAGUUUAGCACAUAGCACGUUGCUUAGCUCAUAGCUGUUUAAUAUUUUUUAAUUUUAACCGUAUUCACAUUUGCGAUGUCCAGUGUUUGUAAGAAAAAUAUUUUAUCUUGUAACGACAAAAUAAAUUUGAAACGAUUGGGAUAGUUAUUCCGAUUAGUAACUCUAUUCCAAAUAGUAACACCAGAAAACCUAACACGGAAUAGGUAUUCCUAUAUAUCCGGUUUAUACUAUAGGCCUAAAACGCUUUAUGCGAUGUGUUAUAUCAGACUUGUUACAGUAAACUGGAUAACUUUGAAGUAGAAUUUUAGAUUCUAGACACCUAGACUGUGCCACCUAGAGUGCGUGUCUUUUGAAAUUAAGAUUAUAUUGCAUAUUUUAUUAUUUGCUGGAAAGCAUAUACUUAUGGAAGAUAUUAAUAUAUAUUUUCUCAUGUAAUUAAAACUGCAAUAGGUAGGUAGUUUCUUGACAGUAAACUAAAGUCAUACAGCCUUUGUAUCGGUAAAUAACAAUGCUAUAUAUUAUUUUGUGAAGACUACUCCCUUGAGUUCUAAAAGAGACAAUACAUUAUUUAUAGAUAGUGGUUAUCUAGAUAAUUAUGUUAGCCGUGUUGUGAGUACAGUAGCUUUAGCGAACAUAGCAUGUUAGCGCUUAGUUGAAUGUUGUAGCUGUUGAUAUUUCAAGUUCACACCCUGGGGGGGUCACUCUACAUUACGAAAACCUGUAUAGGACGAAAAACUAAGUUUCGGAUCGCUGCUGCGCGAACCACAACUCUGUCUCGUUGUAUUAAACGUGGCGAUUGCACGACAGCUCUCGUUUGUUCGUUUUUCGUCAAUAUAGAGUGACCCUCCUGUACCUUCGGGGACAAAGCAGUUGAUUUGCGAUCUCAUUGUUUUUUCUUUUAUGAGGCUUUUAUAUUUUUUCGUGAAAAUUUUGCAGUGUUAGUGCUUUAAGUUUUUUUGUACAGAAUUUAAUCAAGUUUAUUGAAUGUUAACAUUGUGUUUCAUGAUUUUUGGCUUUUGAUACGGGCUUCAGUUUUGCAGCUUUUCUGUAUUGAAACCGCACGGCCGUCCGUUGCGUAUGAGACAAGUUACCAUAUUUUUGCGAUUGCACAAAUGAUUCCGAGGAAUGAAAGAUAAACAAGCAAUAAAUUGUUAGGUUUAGAGUUAUUUUGAUCUGAUAUUAUAAGUUAAGUAGUUAUUUAACUGUUACAUUGCUAUUAUAAUUAUAUUAUUAUAUUGUAUUUUUCGAUGAAUUAUGUAGUAUGAAGACACGACGCCUAUCCUAUUGUAGAAUAUCUUUAUUGAAGAUAAAUUGUAUUUUAAAAUUGACAAUAAUCAGUAUUUAAAUUAUUAUACUUAUACAAUUAUACGCAUUUUCUUAUUUGGAGAUAUAUUUGUCUGUUGCUUUUUCUUUAGUUUCUGUUUGGUAUUAUUUUAUGAAUUAAGUCUAAGCGUACAUAGGAACAUUUUAUUCAUUUUACAAAGUGUUUACUUAUUUCGAAAAGUUUAUAAUGUAUGUACAGAAAGUUAUUUUAUAUGGUUCAGCCACGUUUUAGUUAGAAAUAAGUAAGUAGCAGUCCCGACAAUUAUAUUUAAUCCGAAUCAAUAAAACUUCAACGAAUUGUUUACACUUUAGGAGAGAGCAAUAAAUCAUUAUCUACAAAAUGACAUUAAA